GGAGCUGAACACAGAGAGAUGUCUGAGUUACCUAAAAGAACGAGAAAGACUGUAGCUGCACCUAAGCUGGAGCUGUCUUUCCUGAGUGGGAUGUCAGAUACAGAUGAUGAUUCCCAUGAAGAUGAGGAAGAAUGGAUGCCAGAAGCAAAGGCCCUUCCAGCAAAAAGACAAGCAAGGAAACCUAAAGAACCCACCAAGAAACCUGCAGCAAAAGCAAAGACUGCGGCUGCCCCUAAACCACGGAAGACUGCUGCUAAGAAAGUUAGCAAAACGCCCGCCACAGAUAAAGGAGAAUUUGGACUAACUUCUGAGAGUAAGGACUGUGAUCCAUCAGAAUUCAAGGUGAUAGCAGCACCCUCCAUAAAACAAGAGAGAAAGUCAAUAUCUGUUGAUCAGUCAAUCAAGGAUGAAAAGCCAAAGAAAAGAAAAACACCCCAGAAGCCUAAAUCAAAGCCAGUCAAAGUGAAAGCGGAGAGGAUGAGUCUUGGUAUUGAUGAUUUCCCCUCUACUAGCAGCAAGGAUACGGAUGUCAAAGUGAAGGCGCAGAGGAUGAGUCUUGGUAUUGAUGAUUUCCCCUCUACCAGCAGCAAGGAUACGGAUGGUAAGGUGAAAAAGGAGAGAAGAUCCGAAGAGGAGGAGCCUCCAGAUGACUUCACGUUUGGUCCACCUACAAAAAAGCUCAAGGUUUCUUCUGACACUGUGGGGAAACCGGUGAAAUAUAAGGGCACCAGCUCAGGUCGUGAUGGAACUGACAUGAACUGGAACUUUGUAGAGGUUGUAUCAGAGCGCACCAAUGUUGAACCCUGGGUUUGCGCUAACCUGAUUCAGCUCUUCCAGGAUGAGAACACCAUUCCAUUUAUUGCCCGUUACAGGAAAGAACUCAUCAACAAUCUUGAUGCAGAAGCAGUGCGAGAAGUACAGCAAUCCUUAGAAGAAUUACGGUCUGUAGCCAGAAAGGCCCACUCUCUGAUAGAGAAGCUGAAGAAAGAAGGGAAGCUGAACUCCAAUCUACACAAUGACAUGCUCAACUGCAGGACCUUGGAUGAAAUUGAGCAUGUGUACGCUCCAUUCAAAACAGGAAGCAAAGGAACUAAAGCACAAAGAGCUAGACAGCUGGGACUAGAGCCUGCAGCCAAAGCUCUGAUAGAGACCCCUGUGCAACUCAACCUGCACACUUAUAUCAAGAAUGACACAGAAGGUCUUACCACACUUCAAGAUAUCGAGAUGGGAGUGCAGCACAUCUUAGCAGACAUGAUUGCCAAAGACAAAGACACGCUGGAGCACAUUAGAAACCUGUGUAAACAAAAUUACGUCACUAUCAAUUCAACGUUGGCUAAAACUAUGGGAAAGGAAAAGGAAAAGGAAGGAAAUGUAAAAGAUGUUGACAAGUUCCAUUUAUAUCACAACUUUACCGGCAAUAUAAGUAGAAUUCAGCAUCAUCAGAUUCUGGCCAUUAACCGUGGGGAAAAUCUGAAAGUCCUGACAGUAAAGGUCACCAUUCCUGACAGGGUGAAGGAUGCAUUCUGUAGGUGGUGUGUCAAUGAAAGAUGGAGACCAAAACAGUUUGCAAGGCCGGAGUUCAUGACAAUCCUACGUAAUUCUGUAGAAGAUUCGUACAAGCGCCUCAUUUACCCUCUUCUCUGCAGAGAGUAUCGGUCUAAACUAAGCAGUGAUGCAGAGAAGGAAUCUAUAAUGAUGUUUGGGAGAAACCUACGCCAGUUGCUUCUUGCAGGCCCUGUCAGAGGGCGUACAAUAAUGGGUGUGGACCCGGGGUACAAGCAUGGCUGUAAGCUGGCCAUCAUUUCAGCCACUAACCAGAUCCUUCAUACCGAUGUUGUAUAUUUGCACACGGCGCGUGGCGGCUCGAUGAAUGACGCUGAGAAAAUUAAAAGACUUCUACUGAAUUUCAACUGUUAUACAAUUGCCAUCGGGAAUGGAACAGCAUGCCGAGAAACCGAGCGCUACUUUGCUGACCUGAUUCAGAGAAGGUUUUUUGCACCUCUCAAUGUUGCCUACUGCAUCACUAAUGAAGCUGGUGCAUCCAUCUACAGCGUAAGUCCAGAAGCCACCAAGGAGAUGCCAGACCUAGAUCCGAAUCUGCGGAGUGCAGUUUCCAUAGCGAGACGUGUACAAGAUCCAUUAGCUGAGCUUGUGAAAAUUGAGCCUAAACACAUUGGCGUCGGGAUGUACCAGCACGAUGUCUCGCAGGUGCUUCUGAAAGGCACCCUGGACAGUGUGGUGGAGGAGUGUGUCAGCUUUGUAGGGGUGGAUAUUAACAUCUGCUCUGAAACUCUAUUGAGGCAUAUUGCUGGGUUGAAUUCUGUAAGAGCAAAGAAUGUGAUUGAAUGGAGAGAGAAGAAUGGACCUUUUAUUAACAGAGAGCAGCUCAAGUGUAUAAAGGGUCUGGGUCCGAAGACCUUCCAGCAGUGCGCCGGCUUUAUCAGGAUUAACCAGGAGUAUGUCAAGAACCUGGGCAGGGACCAGUCAGUGGAUCAGAAUUCCAAUGUUUCUGGAUCAAGUGCACCAGCAUCCCAUACUUCUGCACCCAAACAAGGCAAAAAAGCGGCAAAAUCCACACUCAACAUUCCUGCAAAGCCAAACCCACUGGAUCAGACGUGUAUUCAUCCUGAGUCAUACAACAUAGCAGCAAGGUUUUUGAGCAUCGAGGGUGGAAGUGCCAAUGACAUCGGGACAGAGAAAAUUCAGCGGCAAAUUAAUGAAGCCGUCCAAAGAGAAGGAGUUGAUAAGUUAGCUGAGAAGCUGAAGACGACUGUGCUCACAUUGCAGCUAAUUAUUGACGGCCUAUGCCAGCCUGAAGGCUAUGACAUUCGUACAGCGUUUGACAAAACGGAUUUUAAGACCAAUAUCGUCUGCAUAGAAGACCUGAAAGUUGGAACAGUUCUUACUGGGAAGGUAGAAAAUGCCACAUUAUUUGGAGUUUUUGUGGACAUUGGUGUGGGAAAGGCUGGGCUAAUUCCCAUGAGAUUUAUAACAGAGGAUAAACUCUCCAAGGAGAAGAGAAGGAGAAGUCUUGGACUUGGGCCUGGAGAACGUGUAGAGGUUCGGGUUCUAAAUAUUGAUGUUCGGCAAUCAAGAAUCACUUUAGAACUUUUGCGUGUUUUGAAAUGAAGGUGGAUAGACUUGAUGGAUGCACUUAUUUUAACUCAUUAAGUGCCUUUAUAAC